AUGUCAUCUCUCUCGGAGGAGCUCCUGAAGCUCGCGGGGCUCUUCGAAAGGGGUAUUCUCUCGGAGGGUGAGUUCAAGGCUGCUAAGGAGGCAGCAAUCAAAUCCUACGCACCGACGGCGCCAACAACAACGACGUCGACGACGGAUCGGACAAGGGAUUCUAGGGAGGAGGUGGGGGACGACGCGCCCUUUUUACAUGUCAAUGUAAGCGCGUUCAGCGAUGAUUUUGCAGGGCAAUCUAAGCGUGAGAAGGUGUACAGUGUCCUUGAAACGAUCCUGAGAAACCUCCAGCAAUUCCCAUCCGAGCCAAAGUACAGACAACUACGUCUCAGCAAUCCGGUUCUACAGUCGCAGCUCUUCAGCGUACCCGGCGCCAUGGAGUUUUUAAACUCUGUCGGUUUUGAGGUCGAAACAGGCAACAACGGAGGUGAUGAAUGGAUGCGGCUUCCGGAGGGGCCUUCGCGGAAGCUGAUCGAAGAGGCUCUGGGCGCAAUCCGUUUCCUACGUUGCCGCGACCAAGAUGCCCAGGCCCAGACCCGGGACAACAUACGGCUCCGUGAGGGUCUUAUCCUGGAGGUGCGUCGCGAACGAUGUGAAAGGGCAAAGGCCGUUGGCGAGUUGCCCUCCUACAUUGCGCAGGAGUUUUGUUCGGACGACGCGGGUGAUGGCCUUUCUACUUCCGCGUCAAAUUUGGAACGAUUACACGGUGUUUUGGCGAACUUGCUAAAUCACCCCGGCGAGGCGAAGUACCGCAAAUUGCGAAUAAGCAACCGAGCCGUUUACAGGGCUGUCCUGCAGCAGCGUGGGGGAUUGGAGCUCCUUGUUGACUGUGCGGGUGGCGAGCUUUUGGAGGACUCAGGGGAGGCGUUUCUCGUAUUCCCCGAGGUUGCGGCUAAUGAGGGCAAAAUAAAGUGCGCCCUCCGGGUUCUGGAGGGGGCGCGGUCAGCUUUGCAGGCUGCCCGCGAGAAAAUUAGCCAGUCUGAGCUUGAAGAGGCGAGGGAGGCUAUGCGCGGCGAGCUUCGGCGGGCGCGGCAGGAGGAGGGGCGACGGCGCCUCGCAGAGCAAAAGGAGGAUGGGGGGCAUUCGGCGCCGGACGCCACAGAAGGGCCGCGGCGCCGUGUUCCAAUAGCGGAGGCCGUGCGCUACCUCAUGGGGAGGGCCGGCGUGCCCGAGGUUGGCGGGGGUGGCUGA